CAAGCAGAAUAUGUAAAAGUGGGCAUAUGUGACAGUUGUUUUUUGUUUUUGAAUCCCCUUUAGCCACAGAAACAUUAUGGAACUUUAAGGCGAGCAGUGCACUAGGUUUAUAAAUUAUACCUCUACUAAGUACAAUGGACGCUGUACUUUUCUUUGAAUAGCUAACGUUUUUGACGCUGUGGGGAGUUGCAAGCAGCUAGCAAGCCUUGUAUUUAAAGGCAAAGUUAACGUUAGCUGGCUUGCUAACAGCCUUUUAAUAGCUUGUCUAGCGAGAGUAUCUUCCUUGCUAGCCAAACUAGGGUAACGUUUGAACUGAAUUUCUUAUUUUGUGCAGAAGGUAUAUUUGCAGACGAUAACUCUCUUGUCUGACGGAAACAUACAUUUACAAUGGAGGAGGUUGAUAGAAUUUUAAUUCAUUCGCUCAGACAGACUGGAACGGAGAUUGGCGAGGAUGUGGAGAGUGUUAAGCAGUUCUCCAGUGAGCUCAUUGUGGAGGCAGUGGUGCGGUGCCUGCGUGUGAUUGACCCCCCCCUGGGGAACGGGCUGCCCCCCUCCCUCCCCCCCGGCAUGUCAGCCCGCUUCCGGCUGGGGAUGAGCCUCGCACAGGCCUGCCAGGACCUUGGGUAUAAAGGGGAGAUCGGAUACCAGACCUUCCUGUACAGCAGUGAGCCGGAGAUCCGCUCCCUUCUCAUGUUUCUGGUGGAGAAACUGCCCAGAGCCAGCACAGAGGCCUCCGACCAGCCCGCAGGUAAGUCGGCCCUCCUACAGCAGGCCAUCGCAGCCCAGAUCAAAGCCCAGCUGGCCCUGCCCUGGGUGCCGCCCGCCUGCCGACUGCCCCUCCUCUGCCAGACACAGAGCGCAGGUGUGAGUGACGCUUUCCGGUCGCUGGCCCUGAGUUUACCGCCCGCGCAAGGGCUGGGGAAGCCCCCAGUGAAAGGUCAGUCUGUCUGUCCGUCUGUCUAUCCUGAUGGAGCUUCAGAACAGUUGGCUGACAGGGUGAAUUUUCAUUCCAAUGCAGAGGUGGCAGACUACUGCCGGGACUUCCUCCCGCCUGUGACCGCCCAGCCGUCCCAGCAUGCCUCAGUGCCCGCCUCCCUGCUGGAGCGCCACGCCCUGGAGCUCAGCGCCGCCCAGGAGUGGGAGAACGAGUGGAACAGUCAGGGUCUUCUGACCCGCCUGAGCCCGGAGGGGUAUCGCUCCAGGAAGCGGGCGAGGCUGCGGAAGCGGAUUGAGGAGCAGCUCCGCUCGGCCAGCCAGGCGCGGCCCAGCGCCCAGCACGCCCCGCGGACCGGCCCCGACCCCGACCUGACCCAGCUGCUGCAGGCCUUCGGGGGGGCCACCCCGGGGGGGGACGUCCUGGCCAAGGGCACUCGCUUCACCCACACCGAGAAGUUCACUUUCACACAGGAGCCCGAGCCCUCCGGCCAGCAGAUGGCGGUGGCGAGCGCGAUGCCCAGCUCGCGGCAGUCGGAGGAGGCCCUCCUGGCGCAGCAGCAGGACGAGCUCCAGGCCCUGCAGCAGCAGCUGCAGCAGCUGGCCCUGCGCACGGAGGGCGUGUGCGGGGACAUCAAGCAGCUCACCGUGUCCAUCACUCAGGUGUCAGAUGAGGUGAAACGGAGGGAGCUGGGCAAUAGUGAGAAAGAGGACAGUGUGAGAGUGAAGAAACAGACCAUCGACCUCUUGCCUGACGCCGAGAACAACCUGGACAAGCUCCAGACUCUGGUGGAGAGCAGUGCGAAGCGUGUUGUCAGUCUGGCCUCCCAGUGGGAGAAGCACAGGGCCCCACUCAUAGAGGAGCACCGCCGGCUCAAGGAGCUCUGCAGUAACAGAGAGCUGCAAUCGUCCCGCAAGCUGUCAGAAAUCAAGGACCUUCACGACAAAAUCCGCCAGUCCGCAGAUGAGGCCAAGAAGAAGGAGGGACUCCACAAACAGCUGGUAACGGAGUUUGAGAACCUGCCCAAGGAUGUCUCGCGCUCUGCCUACACGCAGCGGAUCCUGGAGAUCGUCGGCAACAUAAGGAAACAGAAGGAGGAAAUCACCAAGAUUUUGUCAGACACAAAGGAGCUUCAGAAAGAGAUUAACAGCCUCACUGGCAAACUGGAUCGCACGUUCGCAGUGACUGACGAGCUGGUCUUUAAGGAUGCAAAGAGAGAUGAGUCUGUGCGCAAGUCCUACAAGUACUUGGCUGCCCUUCAUGAGAACUGCACCCAACUGAUCCAAACCAUUGAAGACACGGGCACCAUCAUGAGGGAGAUUCGCGAUUUGGAAGAACAGAUUGAGACAGAGAAUGGGAAGAAGACGGUCAGUAACCUGGAGAAGAUCCUGGAGGACUACAAGGCCAUUCGGCAGGAGAACUCUGCCCUGGCAGCCAAAAUCAGAGAAGCUUGAUAUGCAGAUGGCGUACCACAGUGCGCCCCCUUGGUGCGGGGAGGUAUAACUGCAGGCCGGACACCCUGCUGACCUCACAGCCUGGGAACCAGCUCCCAGUCCUGUCCAGUCACCCGAACGUAACGCUGUGACUUUCACAUCACUUACUGCAGAAAUGCUGGAUCCCUCGCCCGCUGGUAUCAGAGCAUAACGUCUGGAGAUGGGGUACGGGAAAGGAAGUAGGACUGGUGGAUAUGGAGAAAGAUAAAGAUCUGUGUUAACAUCACACAAGAGUCAUCCUUAGACAUCUUUUAUUCAAGACCACAAAAAGCAAGGAUGUUCCCUUCGGGAAAUUGGGAAUUUCGCUGACUGAAUUUUAAUUGACCUUGCAAGGCGUCCUCACCUCAUUCCCUACACAUUUUGAUGGUGAAGGUAGAAUAUUUAGUGGUGAAAGCUGUCUCUGUGAUACAGUCAGGAGAGUCAUGCAGUUGUGGAAGAUAUUGUGCACUAAAUUCAGCAUUUAGCUUUAUCUGCAGUUUUGAUUUACAAUGUAAGUUUUGCUUUUUGUCCCAAGUCAUCCAUUCAUUGAAAUGAAUGCCUGCAUGAUCUAUGUGCCCCCUGCCAAUCAGAAAACCACUGCCAUAUGAUAGCUGCACCCAUUCUGGUGCUGAAAAAGCCAAUCAGCAAUCUGCUUGCCUGUCUGUGUACAAGCUCUUAUGUUGUUUUGAUCUAUCUGUUCUGUCUCUGCCUGAACUCAUAACCUUUGUUUUUAAUUGCUUUAUUGGGGCCUUAUCAGAUUUAAUUUCCUCAAUGGCCUUAAUUAUGAAUUAAUGAGUUAGCUUAAUUAUCAUUCAAGCUUGCAUCUCCAUGUACUCUCAAGAGAAUGAGGGGUCUAUCUGAUUGGCUGUAAAUAGAUGAGCCAUUGCACUUCACUAAAUCUCACUAUUCUGUUAGCGAAUUGCACCCUAUAACUAAUCUUAGUCUUGUUAAUGACCCUUCUCCAGUCUCAUUACCCCCAUUACUGCCCUUAUUUAGACCUGGCUGUUUUUACAGUCUGGAUUGGAUUGGUAGGGCAGACCGGACUUGCUGAAGUUUGAGUGAAUGCUCUGCCAUUUCGGGCUUGCCUCCUCAUCCAGUGUUGAUGCUGAUAUUAAUACUGACAUGGACUGCAGGUUCAUAUGAUAAAGAGUUGCACAUGCUUAUAUGCUAUAUUGCUACAUGAUGGUGAUAUCUGGUAUAUAUAUAUGGUGAAACCGCCAGCAUUGAUUCAAUAUCGCGUUUGUGAGGAGGUGUAUCCUGAAUGUUUUUUUGUUUUUGUUUUAUCUGCACUCUCUCCCUCCCUCCCUCUCUCUCUAUCAGUCUGGAGUCAGAGCUGGGUUUCACCACUGCGCAAUCACUAUGGUGACAGGGUUUGUCAUUAGCGUUGGGCAAACUUAUCUGAAAAGGGCCAGUGUGGGUGCAGGUUUUUGUUUCAGCUCAGCAUUAAGGCACCUGACCAAGGUCUUGUUUGAAGACCAUGAUUAGUUAAUUAGCUGACUCAGCUUUAGUAGUGCUGGGCUAAAACAAAAACCUCCACUCUCACCAGCCUUUUUCGGAUAAGAUUGGACACCUCUGGUUCAUAUGCUGGUCAUCUCCCUCCCUUUCCCUUUCUCCCCUCUGCCCCGCUGGUCAUAUCCCCCUUCUGCCCCGCUAGUCAUCUCCCCCUUCCGCCCCACUGGUCGUAUCCCCCUUCUGCCCCGCUGGUCAUAUCCCCCUUCUGCCCCGCUAGUCAUCUCCCCCUUCUGCCCCACUGGUCGUAUCCCCCUUCUGCCCCGCUGGUCAUAACCCCCUUCUGCCCCGCUGGUCAUAUCCCCCUUCUGCCCCGCUGGUCAUAUCCCCCUUCUGCCCCACUGGUCAUAUCCCCCUUCUGCCCCACUGGUCAUAUCCCCCUUCUGCCCCGCUGGUCAUAUCCCCCUUCUGCCCCACUGGUCAUAACCCCCUUCUGCCCCGCUGGUCAUAUCCCCCUUCUGCCCCGCUAGUCAUAUCCCCCUUCUGCCCCACUGGUCAUAUCCCCCUUCUGCCCCGCUGGUCAUAUCCCCCUUCUGCCCCGCUGGUCAUAUCCCCCUUCUGCCCCGCUGGUCAUAACCCCCUUCUGCCCCGCUGGUCGUAUCCCCCUUCUGCCCCGCUGGUCAUAUCCCCCUUCUGCCCCGCUGGUCAUAUCCCCCUUCUGCCCUGCUGGUCAUAUCCUUCUUCUGCCCCGCUGGUCGUAUCCCCCUUCUGCCCCGCUGGUCAUCUCCCCCUUCUGCCCCGCUGGUCGUAUCCCCCUUCUGCCCCGCUGGUCAUCUCCCCCUUCUGCCCCGCUGGUCAUAUCCUCCUUCUGCCCCGCUGGUCAUAUCCUUCUUCUGCCCCGCUGGUUAUAUCCUCCUUCUGCCCCGCUGGUCAUAUCCCCCUUCUGCCCCACUGGUCAUAUCCCCAUUCUGCCCCGCUGGUCAUAUCCCCAUUCUGCCCAGCACAUUUUCGGCUCUUUGUAAUACUUUGUAAUACUGCAUACUUUUGAACGGUUACGUUUCAUUGGUUGUUUGCCGAAACAUGACAGUGAAUCUGAAUGUGAUUAUAACGUUCUGACUAGAGCAUUCUGGAGGUACGCGCUAGGGCAGUUUGCUAACUCAUAAGAGUGUAACAUAAUGCCCGUGUCUGCAGAUAAACUCGUACUGGAAAUGUGUUCUCGGAUUCACCACUGUCCCUUGAAAUUAUGACCAUUUGAAUUUGUAAAAAAAAAAAAAAAAAGAAGAAAAAAAAAGAAAGACUUUACGUGCCAUUAUCUUUGUAUUUACCACAAGAUAUACAAAUAGGUAGGUUGCAUUAAUUUAAAUUAAAUUAAUUGCCCAGGUUUUUGAGAUAUUAAAAUAAUGCAGCAAACUUAAGUAGCCAAUACUUAAUUAUGUUGUCAUUUUGUAUUUCUCUCUUCGUCGCUCUUGUAGUUGUCAGUUGCCUGAGACCAUGAGAGUGCUGCUGCUGAUUAAACCGGUGUGACGAUGUCUAAACGGAUCCAGCACUGUGCCGCCCUUUCCUCCACUCCAUUCAUUAAAGUGAUGGAUUUACUCCA